AUGUUUCCAACCACUCCUCAUGGUGCAGCCAACCCUCUCCCAUCGUCUUCUGUGGAAGACACCCCUCGUCACAGGAACCUUGGAGCGACUCCCCCUUGCGGCCCCGUUCUCGGCCACGAACAAUAUCGUAAAGAGAUGGCCCGCGACACCAAAGGACAGUGGGUGGGACCUAUCCCGUACAAGGCUUUUUUUGCGAAGCAUAUGAGCAUCGACGAGCCAGUCUCCGAAAAUCUCAUCGCGCCGAACUACUUUGACAAGAUUCCCGCAGGCAAAGGGAAGGCUGAGAAAGAUAUGUACGAUCCAUUGAUCGAACUGGUGUCCGACGCUGGAUUAUUGGAUCCAACAUGCAUCCUCGUGAACACAUCGAACCAUACCGACUUCGACUCUUACAUUGAUGCACAGUGGAAGCCCGACAUCACCUGCUAUCUUAAAGAGGACUACUGCGAAGAAGAUACAAGUGAUGAAGAAUUCCUCCCUCCGAACACCAAAGGUUCGACCAAGACGCGGAACCCCCAGAACAAGACGUUCUUCGACAGAAGCCAGCUCUGCGUCGAGAUGAAGCCCGACAAUGUUUCCCCCUUCAAUGACCCCCCAAGUAACCUUGAUGGGGAAGCGCUUCGGAAGUUCCAGUUCGAGAACAAGACGGAGGCGGGCACCCAAGCACGCGGCCAGAUCGGUGCAGCUCUGACUGAGAUCUGUGCGCGCCAACACCGGACCCGCGCAUUCUUCGUCUUCAUAAACGCAAAGGAGGUCCGUUUCCUCCUCCACGAUCGUUGCGCUACACUAGUUACCCGAGCGGUCAAUUACCGCGAAGAGUCUGGCGUCCUGGCCGAGUUCUUCUGGCGCUUCGCUCGCCUGACACCUGCACAGCGCGGGAUCGACGAGACCGUUCGGCUGGCAACCUCGGACGAGAGGGAUAUUGCAAUGGAGAAGUUGAAGAGGUGGGCGCCAAAGAAGCACCGCCCUGUUCUCGUCAUGAGUGUACCGAAACCGGAUGGUGAGAUGCACGAAUUUGCUGUCUGGGGUGCCAUGGCAGAACCCAAAACUCUCCACGGUCGAUCGACUCGCGCCUACCCUGCUGUAGAUUUGGAAACAGAUGAUGUCGUGUUUCUAAAGGAGACUUGGCGAGCCGACCUAAGCGGGAUGGAGAAGGAGUCGGAGAUUUUGAAGGAGCUGAACGACAAGGGUGUGCGGUAUGUGCCGAAGUUCCAGUACGGCGACGACAUCAAGCAGCCGUACCAUACCACGAACAACCAUAGAUACGUCCGCGCGUCGUGGCGAGCCGGUCCUCAGCGAAACGUGUUCAGGAGGACACACCAUCGGUUUACAGAGCUCUUCGUCGGCAACCACCUUGAUGGAUUCACGACCUCAAAGAAGUUGCUGAGAGCCGUCAGUCAUGCACUGAUUGCACACCAAGACGCCUAUGAGAUAUGUGGCAUCCUCCACCGUGACGUUAGUGGAAAGAACGUGAUGAUGGACGAUGAAGAAACUGGGUGCUUGAACGACUGGGAUUUGGCGAAAAGGGUGCCCGGUCACCCAUCGAACCCUGAGACUGCUGAAGAAGACAAAACCACAGAUGAAGGGGAACACGCCUCUGAUGAGGAGCAAGAAGAUGAAGAGGAGGAUGGAGAGGAAGAUUUGCCGGCCCUAACGGCGCAGGACGACGAAGGCGAUGAUGAAGAUGAUAAGGACGACGAUGAAGAUGAGGACGAGGACGAGGAAGGCUAUGAGGAAUUCUCGAGGCACACGUAUCGCACCGGCACAUGGUACUUUAUGUCGGCCUUGGUUUUGCGCUAUCCCUGGAAGGUGCACAGCUUACAGGAUGACCUCGAGUCUUUCUUCUAUGUUGUCCUUUUCUUCACGCUGCAAUACCUUCCAGUCAACGUCUCUCAAGCGCGACUUGUCCAGCUCAUGAAGUCUGUUUUCGAGGAAUGCAACUUCAGCCUCGAAUUUGGGAUUGAUGUGGGUGGCCAGGCGAAGACAAAGCUAUUUGCGGGUAGAAACUCUGAUAUUCGAAAGCUGGUUUAUGUGGACAACACUCCCUUAACGCAAUUCAUCCAGCAUGCUCGAAGUGCCUUUUACCAAUUUCAUCGCUAUUUUGAUGAAGAAGAACCUUCGGAAGUGGCCUAUCCUAUAAACAACCUUCAUUCGCACACCGCGGGAUUGGGAGACAAUAGUCAGCAAGGCCUGCUCUCUGCAGAGCAACCUCCUUCCCUGCCAGCUCACAUCGUGCUUCGGGAUCAUAAACAUCUCCUCCUGAUAUUUGAGAGUGCGCUCGCUCAAGACGGCUGGUCCGAUGUCCGCAACGAGAUGGCCGCUGUCCAUCAAUUUACUGCUUCUGAUCCUGCGGAGGCGCAGCCUGGGCUCAAGCGGGGAUGUGAAGGAGAGGCCUCCACUGCCUCAAAAAGGUCAAGAUCCGAAUAUACCAUGUCCAACCAAGGGGGUGUCAACUCGAUUGCCAACCCGAAGAGGCGCUCGAUUUACCAGAAAGAGAAGAAGAGGAAGGAGAGAGAGAAGAAGAAGAAGGAGAGAGUGGCCAGGUUAAAGAAAGAUGUUCGUGCUUAG